AUGUUAAGACAAAUCAAACAAGAUCACACAUGACUAUAUUUAGCCUUACACAUUGAGAGAAUUUGAUGAAUCAAAGUGCUUAGAUAAACAGUUCCAAAAGUCUCCCCAAAUGAGGUAGUAUGUUUUUUGGGCAUGGCUUUUAUGGGUCGGACCGUAGGGGAACUAAAAUAAUCCCUAGAAUACCAUUUCUUCUUCACAAGCAAUGCAGUUCCUCUCUUCCCCAGCUCUGUUCCAUUCCCCCAAUUCUCUCUCUUUUCCGCCGCCUCUGCGCCGCCGAUUACCAUUCAGCAACCAAGCCACCGGUUCGGCUCCGGCAUCUCUCUUCACUGCUCAGCCACUCGCCUUUUCCAGCGUCUGCCAGCCACCCGUUCCUUCACUGCACUGCAAUGGUAUUAAUGAGAUUUUGGAAACUGGUGCUGUGAAAGAACUGGAAUUUGUAGACAUUGGAUAUGUAUGUAGUGCUCAUGGGCUUCAAGGUGAGGUUAGGGUGAAGCCUGCCACAGAUUUUCCUGAACUGCGAUUUUGUAAGCCAGGAAGGCGGUGGCUGAGGCAACAAUUUUCAGGGAAGCAGAUCAUCCAAGAAUUUGAGCUGGUUGAGGGAAGGGGGCAUCCCGGGCAGAAGAGUUGGAUAGUUAAAUUUAAUGAAAUCAACACAGUAGAACAGGCACAAAAACUAGUUGGAUCAACCGUACUUGUAGCUGACAAUGAUAGACCAGUUUUGCAGGAAGGUGAAUUUUAUACUCGUGACCUUGUUGGCAUGAGAGUUAUUCUUAAGGAAACUGGAGAGUUAGUGGGAACUGUUAAUAAUGUUUUCAACACUGGAGCAAAUGAUCUUCUUCAUGUUGAACUCGAAUCAUCUUUUGGUUCACCUCGUCAAUCCGGGAAGCCAUUGAGGGAAGCGGGUGCUUCUGGUCGCCUUGUUUGGGUUCCUUUCGUAGAAUCGAUUGUUCCAGAUGUUGACUUAAGUAAAAAGGAAAUGUUGAUCACGCCUCCAAAGGGUCUCCUAGAAUUAAAUAUCCGCUCUCAUGAGAGACCUAAGAAAGAAAGGCGCCAGCUUGAGUGGAAAGAAAGAAGGAAGUUUCAAAGACACCUUAUACAAGCCAAGAAGAAACUGCAUGAAAUGGAGCAACACCAUGUUUUUCAUGGGUUCAAGUGGAGCUUUCCCGACUUCGUAAGAACAUCCAAAGCAAGUCAUACACUAAAAGUCUCAGAAGAAUUAUGUUAUAGUGGAAAAGGGGAGCAUUCUGAGCGGGGUCAACAUCUCAUUUCUUCUGGGAAGGCUGCUCUUGUUUUGUCUACUCCUCAAAAUGACUCGGAUAACAAUAUGGAAGAUAACAAUAUGGAAGAAACAUAUCAGCAUCUAAAAGCAUUGCUAAAUGAUGAUGAAAGAUUGAUCAGGGUGGAGGAUCGUUCAUCUGUGCCUUUGGUAUUGAUCUGUCCUGCUCAUUCUGUUGAUUCUCUAAAAGAGCUGUUUAUGAAUAACGAUUUUUUCUCUUUUGACUCAGAGAAGGUCUGGUUCUUGCCAGAAGAAAAGCUUCCCGUUGUUAGUAUUUCAAAUGAAGAAAACAAACACAAGAUCUUGAUGAAAUCGCCAUGGGAAAUCCUCCAAAGGCCAGUUGGACCCGGAGGCAUUGUUGACGUAUUGUCAUCUCACAAUCUAUUUCAAAAUCUACAUGAGAUGAAUGUUGACUAUAUUCAGGCAAGGGAAUGCCAUUUGACAAUAUUACCCUUUCGUAGAAGAAAGAAUCAGAUUUUUCUACUCUCAACCAUUGAAAUUGCAUUUCAGAUAUGUUCUCCCAAUCACGGAUACAAAAACCAGCAGAUGCUACUUGGUUUCACCGACUCAUGCAAAGCAAACGUGGGAAUACAGUUCAAAGACGCGAAUGACACAGAGGACGCGAAUGACACAGAGGACGAAUUGAACAUGGUCUUCGACAUUGGUUUCAUGGAGAAGUUGGCCAAGCAGAUGGAGAAACUCCAGUUCCACACCAUCCUAAAGCCGAACGGGCAUUGCGAGUUGGUGGACAACGAGUGGGUUGGUGUCGUCACCCCCUCCUUGCCUAACUCGUGUGAGUUUCGUUGCUCCCUUCUCAGUUGCGUGCACGUUUGUAGCCCUACUAAGAGGCGUGAUGAUUUAUACCCAACCUAUCUGCAGCUUUUGGAUGAUGAUUUCUAAACAUGCAUCACCAUCUGAUCUCCUUCGCAUCUUCCUCUUAUCUCUUUCGUGUUUCAAUUUCUGCUUCAUUCAAUUUCAUGAGAUUAAAAAUCGCAAUCAAGGAUGAAAAUUUUCCCAGUAUGACUGAAAUACGCUGUUGAAUUCAAAAUAUUCACCAUCUUUCGGCUGAGAUUGCGGUUAGAGCUUCAAGUUUUCUCUUUUACAGAACAGAUUUGAAUUCAAUUUUUAUGUAAAUUUGUGGAUUGCCUGUGGUAUCUGAUGCCCGGUAUGAUUUGGGUUGCCGGAUGUCUCGUUUUUAUGGCAGAUAUGAACUGGAAACAGAAACGGGUCUUUGCGACACAGUUUGCUUCAUUUACGAUUAGCUCUCUGUUACUAUAACACCGUUUACAUUCAUUUCUAUAAUGCAAAAUAUAUACAUUCAAACUAUUUUCUUAUAUAGAAUUGUUUACAUUGGAUAGUUCUGAUUAAAUUGAAGGUUCAGAGAUCUUUUGGAAUGGGGAGCUAUGUGGAGACGAUCACGGCUGACGCACCAUGUUUUUAAUUGAUAAAGGCGGCUAUCAGCGAAUAUAUUCGUUUUGUUCGG